AUGGGUCAGAUCACGGGGCUGGGUACAUUCGGUUGCCGGUUCCGGCGUAUCCUCGCGCGGUCGGUCGGAGGUUGGGAGUGCGAAACGCCGAUUUUACCUUCUCACACGGAAUGUAUUUCUCUGGGUGGGUUUGGCGCUGGAGUUGAUGGUGUAACGCAGACGAGUAGGUUUGUGGUGGUGAUGGAUGAUAAAUCUGGGGGAUUAGAUGAAGUCAAUGUUUGGUGGUCGGGAUAUGAGUGUUUGCAAGGACAGGUUGAUACGAGCGAGUCAAGCAUGAUGUGGACUCCUGGAUCAAGCAUGGGCGCUGGCAGCCUGAAGACAUUCGCGGGGGGCGCCCUCCCGGUCGCCCCGAGGCAGCGGUCGCGGGAUGAAGAAAACGAGUCCAGAGAGGUUGUUGAUGUGGCACUUGGUAGGAGAUCUCCGUCAGGUCCCAUUCCUCGUAUUUCUGUUUUGGGGGAAAGCUGGAUGCCAUCUGUUGCUGAAACUGGCUGGAUCCAGACAUUCACUUCGUACGAGGGGAUUGCGAUCGUCUAUUCCAGCCAGGGGGUGAUCAUCCAGUACUGCGGAGGCGGAGGCAGGCAAGCAGGCAAGCAGGGCGUCGCCAAGAGCAGGACACGGAUGCUGCCAAGCCUGGCUUGGACGUGCGGCUCUCCGCACAGGCAGACAAAGCACACGCCUAUCAUAGUUGUGAUGGGCAGUCAGACUCCCCCGGAUUCUACUACUCUGGCUUACGUGGGCUUUGCAAAGGUUGCCAGACAGAAAGGAAGCGAGAUUAUGCACCCAUACUCCAUACAGUACGCGACAUCCAAUCCAGGCAGGAAGUAUCUCUUAUCCAUUCAGCGCAUUCGGAGGUAUCCAGGGAGCGAGCAAGCAAGCGCAGUAAGUCAAUCAAUCCCUUUCCCCAAGGUAUUCGCAUUAGCUAGUCUAGUGCACGCACUUGGGUCAAUGCACUUGGCUGCCAAAUGA